AUGAAUGCUGAGUCUGUCAUCCAAGUGAAGAGAAGAAUUAUCCAGGUUGACCAGAUGUAUGAUUUAAGUGGGAAUCUUGCUGUGGCUCAGCACUUGCAAAAGCUGGAAACACAGCUGGAUUGUCUUUCUGCAUUAUACAGUGUGCGUGAAGAAGAUGAACGACAAACGCAACGUUACGCGGAUCCAUCAUACCUUUGGCCUAUUCUGGGUAAAACCGUUGUGGUAAUGCCUGUAGUUUGUUGUGGGCAAGUGCGAAGAGCUAAAAUAAUGUUGAUGUUUCAAGAUGAUUGGACACCUCGCAUUCAACGUAGAAUACUGGAGUCGUCUAAUGUUAAUGCUGUUCGCGCACUUUUCUUCAAACUAUCGAUCUCUAUUUCUACUUUGUGUGAACGACUCGGAAAUAAAGAAAGGAAAAAUCUGAUUGGUCGUGCCUAUUCCUACCAUCUGGAGCGGCAGUUACGUGCUAUUCUGCAGACGAUCCCGAAUAAAUUAUUUUCGGUCCUGAAGAACACUUUAUGUCCUGCUCUGCAGCGGCAAUGGGAACCAGUCCUGGAUAAAAGUGCUGCAAGGGAGAUGGCAGAUUUUGAUGACAACUUUCGCCUAGCGGAAUCGACAUACACCAUCUCUAACCUGAGCCUUGGUGUUUCCAGAAUGGCCCUCAAGAAAGUGGGCGUAAUCAGCAUCAACCCAAAAGAGCUGCUUGAAGAAGGGAUUCGUCGUGAACUAGCUUUAGAACUUCCUUCUUUGCUAACGAUCUUGGACAAAAAUCCAUCUCUCGAAGACGUGCUCAAGAUUCUUUCACUGAAUCUUCAUCCAUUUCACCGUGCAUUCAUUUAUAUGUGCGAACAUGUAGAUAUCAACGGACAUGAUAUGUGGCGCGAGGAGGUUGAUGCUGUCUUGCGACGAACAGCUAAGGAUUUAAUGGAAAGAGGACUAACGCCGCAAACGAGUGGAAAGAACGCGACCGCGGUUCCUGCUCUAUCUCUAAAUUUUCAAUUUGAUGUUGAAGCAUUCAGAUCCAUAUUCCAACCAUUAUAUGGAAAGCAGUAUGACAUGGCGCGAUGUCAAAACGAAAAAGGAUGUGCUUUCUUCGAAAACAAUCGAUCAAUGCAAAUUUUCUCCAGAAAUGGAUUCCCUCUGCUGCAAUUAACUCGUUGCGAGCUGUGUUGUCUCACGACAUUCAAAAUAGUAUUAAUGAUUGGACAGCUACUUCUCCUUCUUAUUAUGUUGUGCCAGUCGAAGAAGCAACACUGCCAACUUCAUGCGGCACCUUUGUUCUCAGUCCUGUCUGCUUGUGAUAAGUAUCUAGUCUCGUCACCAGAUGAUGUUCCCAUCGACGUGGCUCCUCUAGUCAAUUUACUGAGAGAUUGCGGUUUGUGCACUCCAUCAUUGGCAUUGUACAAAACAAGAGCGACAGUGCCAUCCAAUGCUGUGGUGUAUUUGCUGCUAACCUUGUUCGUCACAAUGCACAAAUUAAAUGGUACCCGCAAAGAUGCUAUUUGUGAACGAACCUUCACUGCGGGGUUGUUCUGCCUUCUACAUCAGAUCAACGGUCUAGAAGAGUUUGUGAAGAUCACCGAGCUCUUCGCCGAUUCCCUCGUUCCUGCAAAAGGCUCCAAUGACAGACAAUUACUUUUAUCGUUUUCUAAUAGUGUAGUUACGUUUUCAUAA